UUCAGCUGUAGCAACAUUCUUUUCUUUCUCCUUCUCCUCCCAAAAUGGACUCAAACAUCGUCGACAAAAUCAAGUCGACGGUCACAAACAUUCUUGAUUCCUCCGACAUUGAUUCCGUCACUGAACAGCAAGUUCGACAAUUAGCCUCUCAACAACUCAACCUUGACCUAUCCGAUUUACCCCAAAAAAUCCUCGUCCGACAAAUCAUCGAAUCCUUCUUGCUUGCGAUCCCUGACUCCCCACAGGACGAUGUCGUUUUGCCCACCGCCAUUGAUGGAUUUCACAAUGAUACACAAACUACAGUAGCAGAAGAGCAAGAUAUAAAGCCUGUUAUCAAAGAGAUUUUCCCUGAUUCAUGUCGUGUUAUCUGCAAGUUAUCACAAACAAGAGAUGUAGCUGUCAGAAGUUCUGAAAGGGGAACUGUUGUGUCAAUAAGAGAUCUAUCAUUCAAGGAUGGAAAGACAAAUCCUUUGCCUAAAUGCAGCUUAUUUCCCGAUCAAUGGGAAAUUUUCCGAAAGAGCUUCCCUGCAGUUGAAGAAGCCAUUGCGAAGGUUGAAUCGGAGCUAAGGUCUAAAGUUGAAAAGAAACAACCUGAUGACAAGCUUGAUUUAUCAGCAAAUAAAAGUGAAAAGAAUGGUGGUAGACCGAGUGGAGGUGAACCAAUCAACCUAGUUGCCGCAAGCCAUAAACCUAGACUUGUUCCAAUUGAGAUUAUUCGUUUUGAUGGUAAGAAUUAUCAUCAAUGGGCUGAUUGUAUGGAAUCAUACUUGAACCAAUUGAAGGUUGCAUACGUGCUUUCUGAACCUUGCCCAAGUGCCGUGGGGGUGGCUGAUAAGGAACUCUGCCAGACACUAUCUGCUGCAGAAAGAUGGAUGGAUGAUGACCAUAUAUGUCGUCAAAACAUCUUGAAUUCCUUAUGCGACAAUCUUUUAGGACUUUACUCAAAAAAACCAGGCACUGCUAAAGAUCUUUGGGAAGAACUAAAGCUCACCUAUCUACUUGAAGAACAUGGCACAAAAGUUUCUUUGGUCAAAAAGUAUAUUGGAUUCCAAAUAGUACAAGAAAAAUCGGUCUUUGACCAGGUUCAUGAAUUUAAUGAGAUUGCAGACAAACUUGCAGCGUCUGGUAUGUAUGUUGAGGAAAGGUUUCAUGUCAACGUUAUCCUUUCGAAGCUUCCUCCGUCAUGGAAACCCUUCUGCAUUCAGUUGUUGAAAGAUGAUUAUCUACCCAUAUGGAUGUUGAUGGAUCAUUUAAAGUCGGAAGAGGAAUCCUGUCUAAGAGGAAAUAAGAGUAGGGCUUAUGCUCCUAGAGUUGAUGCACCUGUAUUUCAACCUUCCAGGAAACUUGGACCCCAGAGAAAUCCUAUGAAGAAGCCUGGCAUUCCUCGUGUAAAUCAUGAAGCGGAUUGGGAUAAAAGGGUUAGGUUCUGCAACACUUGUAAGAAGAGGGGGCAUUACCCGGAGGAUUGUUGGUUCCGGAAUACCGGAGGGAAGAAUACCAGUAAUGAAAAGGGUAAUGACCAAUCUGCAAAUGCAUUUUCUGGGACCGAUACAAUUGAAAACGCAGGCCAGAGUUGAGUUUAGUGUCAAAAGCUUCAUCCUUUAUAGCCUCGAGGCUUGCAUCUAGCUCUCCCGGGACUCCGGAGUAGACCCCCGAACAAUACUUUAAGGCAUUUCUAGCAGCAGGAUCAGAUCCCGAUGUCUUCAAGAGCUUUUCUAUGGUUGAGGUAAUGUCCUUGGCUCUCGAUAUACCCAACUCAAAGGAGAUCCGAGCUAGUUGUGGAGCUGUCGAUGUGGAACUUCGAGGAUCAGAUCCGAGUAUUGCUACGCAAGAUUCAUAGCUAACAUUAUUUGGGUCGGUUUGAGAGAUCUUCUUGCAGACUGGAAGUACAAGGCUGGUAAAAGCAGCUGUUGCUCGUGAGCAAGAGUAUAGAAUCAACGUUAUGAGGAUACAGAAGACGGAUUUGUUCAUCUUUGGUGAAAUUUUUUUCGGGUUUUUUAAUUUGGCUGUCGAUUUUUUCUUCUGAUUUCCUUGGUGUUUAGAAUGUAUGCUCAGGCAAAGAGGCUUCACCAUCAAAUUUAUAGAGAGAUUUACUUAAGGAGUUAUUUAUUUCAAGUACUUGAUUGAUUAAUAUUCAUGCUUUUUAU